GCCUUCCCUAUAAUGCGACGGACUUCUAUAAUGCGACGGACUUGAUCCAAAGAGCGAAAAUGAUAACGUGAAGAUCUUGGAAAAAUAAUUAUUCCGUGCAAAAAUUAAUUAAUUGUGUGGUUAUGUCGGUUUCAUUAAUUAGUUAAUAGAUACGCAAAAUAUUGGUUGACUUUACGGUGUAUUUAUCGAAUAAAUUACCACAAAAUGUUGCGAACAGUUUUCAAUCAUUCGCUGAACACCAUCAACAAACUACCAGCAACUAUCUUUCGCAGAAUAGCUACUUAUCCAACAGACAGCAAAGAAGAAAUGACUGUUACAGACGAUGGAGGAGUUAUCGUAUGUUGGCAUCCAGAGAAACCAUUCCCUUAUGAAUGUUCUAAACCAUUACCGGUACAAGAUGCUAAACCAUCUAAAACUAUAUUGAAAAUGGAAGAUAAAGAAGAAGUAUAUCGGGUAUUCCGCAAUAAGAAUGAGGAAAUGGUUCGUCAAGAGCUAAUGAAGCUUACUUUUACCACUAAACAUCGAUGGUAUCCGCGGUCUCGAGAUAGUAAGGCUAAAAAGACGAGACCUAAUCGUCCGUAUUUGUAAAUGUGUUAUUUCCAUAAUUCUAUCGAAAAAAAAAUGAUGUAAAUGUCUAUAGUCUGUAAUUGUUAAUAGAGAAUUAAACCAAGGUUGGAAAAGUAA